AUGAUAGCAACUCGUGCUGAGCAGCAAGAGUCUUCGUCUUCUAAUAGUGGUGGCAUUUUCCAACUUGAAGUAAGCACAAAAAAUAUCGGCCGAAUCAAAUAUCGAGAUGGUGAAGUCAUGAUUGCUCAGAAUCAACAGAAGCCAACGAAUUUUUUCUUUACACCAUUUCCGUAUGCUGAUCCUGAUGAAACGAAUUGUUAUGAAAAUGAGUUUAAUAAUCGUACUGAACUCGGACUUCAAGUCGAACUGUACACACCACACCUCGUACAAGCCAUAAAACACUAUCUUUAUAAGAAUCAACCAUCUCUAUGUGGAAAUUCCACAUCAGAUUUCUUGUGCGAUGUUUCUCUCUUGCCAAUGAACUCUAUUCGACUUGUUCAAAAGACUUCAAAUUCAAUGAGUACCCGUCAGAAGUAUACACUUGAAGAUAGUUGGCAAUCGGCCACACUCCUUCUUCAAUCAAUGGAAUUCAUUAUUUAUGCAUCGAACAUGGCUGAAUGUGAAAAAUUGCGCAAGAGUCUUACAGAACGAUGUCGAUUACCAAAUUUCGAAGUCCAUUAUUCAUUGUACGGUCAACAGACAAUACAAAAGCAACUAGAAGUCACUACGGAACACGUGACAAGUACAACCAUGUAUAAUCGGAUUCAUGCUCAAUUUCCUUCUGCAGAGACAGUGGUUCUUACAGGAGGCGAUUUCAAAGAACUACUCAGCGAAUCCAAAGAUCGCAUCACGAUGACGUUACGUAUUCAAGAGGGAUUCGAGAAUCUGCAAGAUCCAAUGACGAUUGACAAGCAUCUCGAACAGCAGCUAUCUACUCAACAGAAUGAUGUGUCUCAAAAUGACGUCACGCGACAUGAUAUAACCGGAGUUGACUUAUCAGGGCACAGCAUUGAUCGAGCUGAUUUGCGUCAACACGAUAUCAAUCAACUCAGCUCGUUAAAUAACCAUGGUAGCCGAGUUCAUUUGAAGCACCACGACAAACAACGCUUCGGACAGUUAGACAAACUGUUUGACUCACAUAGUCGAUCUAGUUCCUCUUCUAAUUCUCAAAGCUCUGGUGAUGAUGGCAACAUUGGAUUUGGAUUUCUCGAUAUUUUCAGUUUUGGGGGUGGUUUCAACAGUCAAACACAGACACAAGCAGCGAGCUCCGAUAGUCACAAUGACGUUAGUACUAAACAGCACGGGAAAGUUUCGAACGCUGACGUGUUGAACAUGACAAAUACGGACGAACACAGUUUGAACGUACUUGGCAAUGCGCAAAAUCAUUUGAACUCGACACGAAUUGAUAAAGAACGAUCAGGCAGCAGUCGAACAGAUAAUAAUAGUUUAUAUCAGAUUAAAACCAACACAAACAAUUUCAAUGCGACAAAAAUGGAUAAGGACACAGAGAAACAACACAUUUUGAGUCGCCAUGGUGCAGUCAAGCUUCUUCGUUAUUUGUCUGACAACAUAUAUCUCGAAGGUGACAUUAUCAAACCCCGUCCUAUUAACGCGCAUCUUGUCAAACUCGGAAAGUUGAGUACGAACACGAAACUCUUCUCCAAUACUGUGCUUGUUCGAAUGCGAUCAAAUGUAUAUGUUUUACCUCUUCGAUGUAAACCAGACGAGAAUGGCGGGAAGUCAAAAAUAUGGCUGACUGAUCGAAUCGAUCGAAUCAAAAGCCUUUUACUCGAUCUCAAGAAUCAAGUAGGUAUUAGUGAUUCUCAGAGUUUUCAGAAUAUUGCAAAUAUUAAUGAGAUAAAAAUUGAUUUAGACGGAUAUUAG